GCAGCGAUCCGUAAUCAUUCGGAAGCUUUUCCAAAGGCAAACAGUCACUUGCCAUCCGCCAACACGCUUAGACAUUUGAAAGGAAACUCCUAUUUUAAUAAUAAUACACCAGCAAGAUGCGCUUCCUUUGGCUGCUGCUCUGCUUGGGGCUGCUGGCCUUUAACCAGGUUCAAGCCUCCUCGGAAAUUGAUGAUUCCCUAUUGGAAGAUAUCGACCUGACCGACAUCGACGAGGGCGAGGAGGAGUUCCUCCGCCUGCUGGAGGAGAAGAACCAGAUCAAGGAUGUGGAGCGUGAGAACGAGAUAGCCACCAAACUGGCCGAGGUGCAGCACAAUCUGCUCAAUCCGGUCGUGGAGGAGGAUCUGUGCGAGCGCAUUCGCUGCGGCGCCGGUCGCAUCUGCCAGAUGCACGACGAGAAGCCCCAGUGCGUGUGCAUCCCCGAGUGCCCGGAGGAGCUGGACACCCGCCGCCUGGUGUGCACGAAUACCAACGAAACCUGGCCCUCGGAUUGCUCCGUCUAUCAGCAGCGCUGCUGGUGCGACAGUGGAGAACCGGGCUGCAAGAAUGCGGACAAUGCCCACAUGCACAUCGAUUACUACGGAGCCUGCCACGAGCCAAGGACCUGCGAGGGCGAGGACCUCAAGGACUUCCCCAGGCGCAUGCGCGACUGGCUGUUCAACGUGAUGCGCGAUCUUGCUGAGCGCGACGAGCUGACCGAGCACUACAUGCAGAUGGAGCUGGAGGCGGAGACCAACAAUUCGCGUCGCUGGUCCAAUGCUGCCGUGUGGAAAUGGUGCGAUCUGGACGGCGACACCGAUCGCUCAGUCUCCCGGCACGAACUCUUCCCCAUCCGUGCUCCUCUGGUCAGCCUGGAGCACUGCAUUGCACCAUUCCUCGAGUCCUGCGACUCCAACAACGACCAUCGCAUCACUCUGAUCGAGUGGGGCGCCUGCCUGGAGCUGGAUCCCGAGGAUCUCAAGGAGCGCUGCGACGACGUCCAGCAGGCUCAGCCGCAUCUUCUGGGCUAAACCGAAAGCCCGCUACUCGCGGAGUUACUUUACUCUUGCCUCCUUAAUCCAAAAAUG